CGGGCACUUCGUCCCUUUAUCCGCGCGUGCGCACAACGAACGUCUCCUUGGACGGGCCCCUGUGGAGGUUUAAAGUCUAUUUGCUUUGUCGUCGUCAUCUUGAUCAACCAUGUACGCCUGCGCCAAGUUUGUCUCGACCCCGCUCUUGGUCCGCGCCGGAGCCCGGGCGGUCCUUCGGCCAAUCUCCGCGUCGUCCUUCACCAGGACAGACGUCAAGGGGGAGCAGGCGAGCUCCAUGGUGCCAGCGCCAUCCGGACUGGCGCUGGUGGCGCGCCGUGACUUCCAGACGAGCGCGGUGUCGCGCGACAUCGACACGGCCGCCAAGUUCAUCGGCGCCGGCGCCGCCACAGUGGGGGUGGCCGGAUCGGGCGCCGGUAUCGGGACCGUCUUCGGCAGCCUCAUCAUUGGCUACGCCAGAAACCCGUCUCUGAAGCAGCAGCUCUUCUCCUACGCCAUCCUGGGCUUCGCGUUGUCCGAGGCCAUGGGGCUCUUCUGUCUCAUGGUGGCUUUCCUCAUCCUGUUCGCCAUGUGAAACUCCCCCUGGGUGGCGGGCCCCGGCGGUGGUGGUGGGGGUGGAUGGGUGCACCUGAUGGCGAGAGAAGGCGGGGGGGGGGGGGAGAGGCGAGGAGGCAGCUGCUCUUGCACAACGUUGAAGAACUCCGCACACAAACCCCUGUUCUAGUCCUUAUUUACGUUUUUCCUCGAUUUUCUCACCGGCACCAAAGCAAUCCCCGUUGGCCUGGCUGGCGGGUGUUGUAAUCGCGGCCCUUCCCGUAGUUUUGAUUGAAUGGUUGUUGCAGACGUGCGAGCUUUCGGCUUGGUAGUAUCGUACGUUCAGAACAAAACAGACGACGCAUCCUGUACGUACACCGGUGGCUCUUAACCUUCGUGUGGGUGGUAUGGCGCUUAGGCUACCUCGCCCACAAUACACGGACGGAUCUCACGUUCUGGGCCUCCAGUCAACGUGAUGUUUGUAAGCCAAUCGUUUCGCCGCCGUGUAUCCGUGCGUCUCGUUGCGCCGACAUCGUCCCCCCCCCCCAUCACCACCAACCGCGCACAUUCAAAAUUACUCUUGCACGGUGUCCAUGCAGCAGUCUGAAAGGCUUUCUUGAGCUUCCUCCGGCAAGGGGGGGGGGGGGUUGGUCGGGGGCAUGCGACUCGCGGGUUUAGAACUGCCGUCUCGAAGAAGUGCGUCGUACCAGUGACUACUGAGUGGGGGGGAUAAUGGGGUGCGAUGAAAAUAAAAAUGUGUUUUUCGCGGAAAAAAAUAAAUCGAUAGUCGGGAUGAAGCUCUUCACGUCCGCGCGAUUGCGUCUGCCUCCAUGAGGAUGUGAGGGCGUGUUAAUGCCCUCGUGUCCGUGUACUGUACAGCUAAUUGGUCGGACUGCACUUGAAAUGUACGUUCAUUUCUAGAAACUGGUUUCUCGCCCAAAUAAAGGUAAUGUCCGGAAAAA